GAACAAAUUUGUCGACUUCACCAGCCAAGAGUUCCAAGGUUGGUAUCGUAUAUAGGCAGGCAAGAAUAGAAGCCAAGGAUCGCGUACGACGGCCAAGACCGCUAAUGUGUGGGAGAAGAGAAAAGCCGCAAAUUUCUCAUGAUUAUAUGACGUGAAUUUUAACAUUCGAGGCGCACACUCAUAAAUCUCUUCUCUUUCGUUCUUCGCAUUGGUCUUGACAUAGCAGAUCCUUUACUUCUUUAUUAUCCGCCCAACCAGUUACUCACUAUCACCUUACUUUCUCCGCCUCUCCUGGAAGACCAUGGCCUCCUUUUCCCUCACUCAGACCCUCCUCACCUCCUCCCCGGAGGCCUACACCCGCGCAACCACGUCCCCCUUUCUUACCUCCGCCGCAGCCGGUACGACCCCGAAAUCCCUCCUAAGCCGCUGGCUGGCAAACGACCGCCUCUACAUCCACGCCUAUAUCCGGGGCGCCGGUCGUCUCCUCUCCUUCCUCUCCAUCCCGGAUCUCGCCCCGCCCGCCGACUCCCCCAACCCGGACCCGGCCACCCGCCUCCUCGACUGGCUCGUGGACGCCCUUGUCAACGUGCGCCGCGAGGAGAACUUCUUCAUCGAAACCGCUGCCCGCUUCGACCUCUCCAUCGACCUCCCCACCACCUGCGACGACGACAACGACAACAACAACAACAGCCCUCCCGCCGUCCCGGACGACCAAAAAUUGGAGGGCCUCCGUCGCUGGGAGUUUCUCUUCAACUCCGUAGCCCCCGGUCCAGCCGGCCAGCCCCUCCCUUGGCUGGAGGCCGCCGUCCUCUUCUGGGGUACCGAGGUCUGCUACCUGGACGCUUGGUCCGGCGUCAAGGGCCGCCUGGUCCCCCAGACCGACGACCCUUCACAGGACGCCGAUGGUGGCGCCCUCCGCACGCAGUUCCUCCACAACUGGACCAACGACGAAUUCGCCGAGUUCGUCCACAAGCUCGCCCGCAUCAUUGACGAUGCCGUGGCCGAGAUGGUCGCUUCUGGCGGUGAGGAGGUUAAAGCCCACUUGCUGGAGCGGGUGAAGCCUGUAUGGCAGGACGUUCUAUCAGCCGAGCAAUCGUUUUGGCCUGCUGCGUCUGAGUGAUUUCUAAAGCCUACCCGAAAAGAAGAAGGACAAAAAGAGUUGGCGGGGACCGAGUGGAUGUAUUAGAUCUUUUCUCGAAAAAAAAAAAUCGAAAAAAAGGAAAAUAUGGGACCCCUCCACCUUUCAUCUUUGUGGUAAAGAGAACGCCGACCUUAAAA